AUGCAACUGCAGUUUAAAUUCAGGCCUAUUUGUAACAAAUCUAGCAUGGAAUGGGGUUCUGCGGCCCAUUUGAACGUCAAGAUAAGACGCUCAUCUUUACGUCUCCGAAGCAAGAAGCAGUUAAUUCAAAUAGCCCCUCGGGCACUGGAAGGAACAACACGAAGUUAUGGCAGAAUCGACCUUCGUGUUCAAAGCUGCAAAUAUAAAUACCGCGGCUGCAAAGUAAAACUUGAAGAGGAAGAAAUAAAAGCUCACGAGAAGGAGUGUCGAUAUCGGUGGUUUAAGUGCGAAGGACGUAAAUUUGCCGCCUGGAACUGUAGUUUUAAAGGAUAUCGCGAAGACGUAAUGAACCAUUUUAGGAGAAUCCAUCCGGAAAGGACGUACAUGAAGGUUCAGAACAUUAUCGACAUGAGCAUGACUUUCGGCCGCGACUCCUACGACAUCGAGCUCAUACAAAAGCGCAAACAGCUCUUCUGGUUCAAGCACCGCCUCCUCAGCAAAGAAAAAAUCGCCUACUGGCUGUGCCAAUACGUAGGUCCCCAAGACGAAGCCCUGACCUACUGCUACGACUUCGUAAUCAGCGACGAGGUCCGGAAAUUCGCCGUAACCGAAUUGUGUUAUACAGACGCUCUGGAUGCAGAUGAAAUUUACGAAUCCGGAAAAUGUGUCGUUAUGACGUUCGAUCAAAUUAAGAGCUUUAUGACUGGAGCGAGGAACAUCCACGUGUACUUCAGAAUUAAGAAAAACGUCAAAGCUAGACGGUGA